GCAACGACAACCAGCAGCAGCGCUUCCCAUAAUGCACUCCCCGAUCAUCAGCGGGAAACCAAAAUGGCGAACGUGCUGGGGGAAAAUGAGCCGUUUGUUAUUUUCUGAAGAAGACACAAGCCCCGCAAGUUUUUCGAGAUACAUAGUUUAGAAAUAAUUCAGUCGCAGGAGGAGCGGGAUAACAGCAGCCAUUCCUAUCGAGUUAUUUUUGUCGUGCGAGUUUUUUGUAGAAGCGGAGGUGGCCGAAUGAGAGACUCAGGGGUUGUGGACCACCUGUCUGUCCAUCACAGAGCUCACCCCCAACGGCAGCAGCAGGCUGUGUCCUUGUCCCCCACAAGCCUUUCUGCUAGGGGAGAGUAUGGAGAGGACGGCAUGUCUGGCAGGUUUACAGAGGGACAGGACGUCUUGGCCCGGUGGUCAGAUGGCUUGUUCUACUUGGGGACAAUAACAAAGAUAGAUCGAGACAAGCAGCGAUGCUUUGUUGUCUUUGAGGAUCGGUCAAAGUCAUGGGUUCUUUGGAAGGAUAUUCAGACAGGGGACGAAGAUGAUGAGGAUGACGAGGAUGAUGACAUUGUGUGCUCCAUAUGCCAGGAUGAAACUUCAGAGGAACCCAAUGAGAUUGUCAUUUGUGACAAGUGUGGACAAGGCUACCAUCAACUGUGCCACUCCCCCAUCAUUGAUGCCUCUGUCAUUGACUCAGAUGACAAGUGGCUCUGCUCGGAGUGUGAGCUUACUUCUAUACCUAAGAGAGGGGGUGCACACAGGAGGGGAGCGUCUGCUAAAGGCUUUCUGCAGCAAGAGCAGCAGCAGCAGCACAUGGCGCUGCAUCUGUCAUUUCCGUACGCCCUGGAUGAACUGGUGUGGGACCAAGGCCACAAGACUAACAUCCAGCAGUGUUACUGCUACUGUGGAGGCCCAGGAGACUGGUACCUGAAGAUGUUGCAGUGUAACAGGUGUCAGCAGUGGUUCCAUGAGGCCUGUCUCCAUUGCUUACAGAUGCCCAUGCUCUACGGAGAUAGGUUUUAUCUGUUUAUUUGUUCUGUUUGCAAUGGUGGACCAGAGUACCUCAGCCGACUGCCUCUCAGAUGGGAGGAUGUCACACACUUGAGCCUAUACAACUUAAGUGUGAUCCACAAGAAGAAGUACUUUGACUCUGAGAUGGACCUGAUGGCUUACAUCAAUGACAACUGGCACCUGCUGCAGAUCGGGGAGCUCUCUAACACGCCAAGAUCAGAGCGAUAUGAAAGUGUUCUAGAGGCAUUAAACAACAACAGCAGCAUGUUCAUGUCAGGGAAGGAGGUAAAGAAAAAGAAGCACUUAUUUGGCCUGAGGAUCCGCUUCCCUCCUGCUCCCCCCAACUCUGAUGAGCCAACCAGCAGAGUGAUGGAGAGGGCCUCACAUGAAAUCACCAUUAAGGGAUGCAAGUCCACAAAAGCCCUGUCUGGCAUCAGAACAUGCAGUACUUUAACCAAUGGCACAGAGAAGAAGAAAAAGAGGAAGCAAGGACCACGUUCUCUAGAAACUCUGGCUAAACCACAACGCUCCACUGAACUCUUGUCCCAGCAAAUAAGAAAGCCUCUACCACUAGCGCCCCAUGCAUUGGAUCACUUAACUUCUAUCAAUAGGAGUGACAGGUCUCUGCUGUCUUCACAAACUUCAGACGUGGAAUCCAUAGGAGCACUGAGCACGUCAGAAACUACCUCAACUAGCAUUUCAAGACAGUCCAGCCUUUGUGGCGCCAGCAAGACGCGCACGACAGCCUGCAUCAUGCCAGUUUCCUCUCCACCCCUAAAAAGGAAACGUGGACGACCACGGCGGGCCCUACAGCCGCCUAACCCGGAGAUCCCCCCUCCUAGCCAUGCAGACCCAAACCCCUCAGUGACAGAGAUGCUGAGCACCCUCCCAGGGCUUGACUCAACAGACAUAGUUCAUGGUAUGGACCCCAACAGCCAGCUCUCCCAUCUCAAGAGCUCCAUCAGCAGCUAUUUCGGAGCAGCAGGGCGGCUGGCUUGCGGGGAAAAGUACAAAGUCCUGGCCCGACGGGUCACCCUCGACGGCAAGGUGCAGUACCUGGUGGAGUGGGAAGGAGUCACUGCCUCCUAGGCUUGUCACUGUCAUAAUCACUUCUAACUUUUAACCAACACCUACAAGAAGUUACUGGCUGUGGUGAGGACACUCACAAAACCUGUAUUCAGAGCAUUAAUUGAUAUAUGCCUUUUUUUUAGUUUAGACAGGAGCAAGUUUUGCUUGUUAAUCUUACUGUAAAGCCUACUGGUUCUGUGCAGUCCAAGGUGAUUAUAGCACAUCUAAACAUAUGUAUUUUCUUCAUGUGUUUAAAGAUUACAGUCCAUUGAUAAAGAAGAGGCAUUGUUGGUAUGCCACACCAUAUUUUUGUUGGUCUGCCUUUAACUUUCAUUAUCUGCUUUGAAUGUUUACAGAAGCCCCCCAUUUAUUCAGGGGCAAAUAAUUGAUCAGUGCACUGCACCUGUAGGCUUUCAGUGAACUGUUAUUUUGCUUGAUUUUUGAUCCAUUGAUAUGCUUCUCAUUUCCAGUCCCAUUAAUUAUGAAGCUGUACAAAAUGAAAAAAAUUUAGUUGGUCAGGCAUUUAAAUGGUGAAUCCUGGGGGAUGAGAGAAAGAGAGGAAGUUUUGUUCAAACAUUAUUUUGACAAACCUCAAUCACGCAGUGAAGAAUUACAUAUGUUUAGGUAACAUUUAUUUUCUUAACAAAUUUGGUAAAUAAAGACAUGUCCCUUUACAUCUGUGUCCCCUCUUUCUCUAAUCCCAGCUGCAAGUACCUCUUGUUGCCUUGGGCAAAUAUAUCCUUCAGUUCUGUUUGGAAAGAGUGCUCAUUUGUGAGCAGUUCAGAAGGAAAUCAAAACAAAAGAGAUGUGCUGCUGCAAAUGUUUAUUAUUUUAUAUAGAAUUAUACUACAUUUAUUAUUACCUUUUCUACUUGUACUUUCCCAUAUGCCUUCUUCAGUUCAACAGGGCAGAUUUCUCUGAUUUUCUUGUUUGUUUUUUUUUUUAAAUUAUGGAUUGCACAUAUCAAAUUCUAACAGUUUGGCCAUCAUCUCAUUUUGAACAGAUAACUUGAGCUUUUUUGGCCCCUACAAGGCAGCAUGUACCAUGUAGGUCAUAACUCCCAGCAGUUUAAAUUUAAGUGUGAGAUUGUUAAAAAUAACAUCCCCAAAUGAAGCUAGUAAACUGUGUGCAUUCUUAAAAAACUAAUUUUGUUUUCAUAGUAAACAUUUUGUUAAGAAGCUUCAAUGUCUUUGUCUAAAUACGUAUCCUUUUUAAAGCAUUUUGAUUUGAAAAUUAUAAAAUGACUGUUAACUUUGAAAUCUUUAAGGACCUAUUUAGUUUUUACUUUGCCUGAUAGUUGUUCAAAAUAAUAAAGUGCUGCAUAAGAUGAAUGUUGUAUACCCAGUCCCCAGUUCAGAAUUGUUUUGCUUUUCUUUUUUCUUUUUCGUGCUGCCUAUGCAAGUUAGUCCUGAAAAAAUGUAUUGUUUCAUACGGCUUAACGACGGGGAACUUCAGCAUUACUAUUUUGACAAUUUGACUCAGGUGUUUCAAUUUUGUCAUGUGACGGGUGCAACAAGAAAUUUACUUAAAAAUGCACUUGGAUUUUUUGCUUUUACAGUCAAGUUCACCUUGUAGUCUACACACUCAGGAUAUGCCCAAAAACUUCACUGUAUUGCAUAGGCCAGCAUUUGCAGCUUGACAGGAGGUUUUGAUAUAAGUUAUUUACUCAGUGUUUUUGGUCAGUAUUUUUAUAUCAGGUCCUCCAGUUGUCACUUUCUUUGGACCAUUAUGUAAGUUUUUUUUCUUUUUUUUUAUGAGCAAAAUCAUUUGUAGUCCAUUUUUACUGCUCACUUGCUUGUUUAAACUGAGUCAGAAAACAAUCACUGGAAAAAUAUGCUGUAUGUCAUUGCAAGAGGCAAAUAUUCAGUUAGUAUUGCUAUCUCCUUUUGGAGAUAUUUUUGUUAAAAUGCACAGACCUGUUUGACAUUGAUACCUCUUCAUUGUACGGAUGUAGUCAGUGCAUUUAAAGCUUCUCUCCUCUGUUCAGUCAGGGUCUCAGCCCACAUGUGGCUACCACUGACUUCCAGCAGGCUUCUGCAGCCAAAGAACAUAUGUCUGCUUUGUCUCUUGAGAUUCUUCUAAUUACAUUUUUACACAUCAUUAUAUAGGUUGACGUGUUACUUCUGAACCUGUUUUGUUAAACGAUAAAUAAAAGCAGAUAUUUUUAA